AUGCCUUAUACUGCUGGUGACCCGGUUAAUGGGGCAAAACUUUUCAAAACUCGAUGUGCUCAAUGCCAUACAGUAGAAGCAGGUGGCGCAAAUAAAGUUGGGCCAAAUUUGCACGGUUUAUUCGGUCGUAAAUCAGGUACCGUGCCCGGAUUCCAAUAUACAGCUGCAAAUCAGCAGAAAGGAGUAGUUUGGAACGAAGACACAUUAUUCGAUUAUCUUGAAAAUCCGAAAAAGUAUAUUCCUGGUACUAAAAUGGCAUUUGCUGGAUUCAAGAAAGAGAAAGAAAGAAAUGACACUAUUGCUUAUUUGAAAAAUGCAACAGCCUAG